ACUCUCUUCACAUUCAGUAAAUAAAAUUUAUUUCUUCAAUAAAAUCAACACGACAAAUCAUUUUAUUAAGAUCAACACAUGACUCAAAUAACACAUGAGAUGAAAAAGGAAGUGGAUUCUCUCCAUUGGAAUUGUCUCAAUUUUCUCAAUUGUUACAUCUUAACCACAAACUCAAUGUCAUCUUUUCUUUACAAUUUUAUAUCUAUUUAUUCUUCCAUGUUUAAUGAUUUAGAUAUAACAAUCGAGAGAAAUUGAGAAAAUUUAAUGAUUUAGAUAUAACAAUCGAGAGAAAUUGAGAGAAUUUCACUUCAAAUAAUUCAUUUCUAAAAAUCACUUAUUCAAAUAAAAGAGGAAGAAAAAAAAUACAAUUUAGAGAUUUCAUAUGCCAAAAUUGACCAUAAAUCACCGUCUUAAAUAUAAAGAAGAGGGGGAAAAUGGUGAUGGCCAAGUUAAAAGAAGAGAAGAAAAAAUUGAUAAUGAUAAUGUUAUUAAAAUGUUGAGGAGUGUGGACAAAUAAAUCUAGCCCCACGAAAUAGAGAGGGGCAUUAACUUAUUACUAAUAAAAAUCGAAUUUUAAAACUCUUCUCUUUCAUAAUAUAUAAAAUAUUCCUCUAGGGACGACCCCAUAUUCCUUGGUGCAAGAUUUCCACAAGAUCCUACCACAAAAGACCUUCUACGUCAAGCAUUAUGCCUACAGCCACCAUUGGAAAAUCCAAACAUAUGACAUUUUACAGGAAGCAACGUAUGGUCCUAGCUUAGAACAUUCUUUUGUUCCUAUGUUUCUUUCUUUUUUAAAUAUAGAUAGACUAUACAUUUUUACCCAAAUAAAAAAUACAUAUUUGUUCAAUCAAAAGACAAAUUCACACUUGGACAUCACGUAUAUUCAUUAUAUAUAUGUACUCUAUGCUAUAUAGCAAAUUACAUUGCAAUUGCAACAACAAACAAUUAACUAACAUGGCUUUCACAAUUUCAUAUUUUUUCCUAGCCUACUUGUUAUUUCCCUUCCAAUGUUCAUCUUCAUUAUCAUCAUUGAACAAAGGGUCCUCUCUUUCAGUAGAGAAGUAUGCUGAAGAUGUAAUUGUUUCUUCAAAUGGAAUGUUCUCAGCUGGCUUCUUUCAAGUUGGUGAAAAUGCUUUUUCCUUUGGAAUAUGGUUCACUGAACUGCAGCCUCACACUCACAACCCUGCCACUAUUGUUUGGACAGCAAACCGUGACAACCCUGUAAAUGGUAAGCUCUCAAAGCUUUCCCUCUUAAACACAGGUAAUAUCCUUUUGCUUGAUGCCGGUCAAAACAACAUUUGGUCUUCAAACACAGAAUCAAACACUCCACUAGAGUUGUAUCUAAAAGAAGAUGGCAAUCUUGUGUUACGUGAGCUUCAAGGUACUACGAUCUUGUGGCAAAGCUAUGAUUUUCCAACAAAUACUCUCCUUCCUAAUCAACCUCUCACUAGAUACACAAAACUUGGUUCCUCAAGAAGUCAGAGUAAUCAUUCUUCUGGCUUCUAUAAGUUGUUUUUUGAUGAUAACAAUAUUAUUCGUCUAGAAUAUGAUGGUCCUGAUGUUUCAAGCACAUAUUGGCCACCACCAUGGUUGUUAAGUUGGCAAGCUGGAAGGUUCAAUUAUAAUAGUAGUAGAAUUGCUUUGUUGGAUUCUCAUGGAAAGUUUAUUUCAUCUGAUAAUUACAUUUUUUCCACAUAUGAUUACGGUACGGUUAUGCAAAGAAGAUUAACCAUGGAUUCUGAUGGUAAUAUUCGUGUUUACAGUCGAAAAAGUUUGUUAGAAAAUUGGUAUGUUUCAUGGCAAGUCAUAUAUGAUACAUGCACCAUUCAUGGAAUUUGUGGUGAAAAUAGCACUUGUAGCUAUCAUCCGAAAAAGGGUAAGAAGUGUUCUUGUUUGCAAGGAUAUAAAGUGAAGAACCAUAAUGAUUGGUCUUAUGGUUGUGAGCCUAUGUUUGAUUUUACUUGCAAUAGAAGUCAUUCUACCUUUUUAAAAUUACCAGGUUUUGAGCUUUAUGGUUAUGACAUUAAUUUUGUUGAAAAUAGUACCUACAAAAAUUGCGAGACUUUAUGUUUGCAAGAUUGUAACUGCAAAGGAUUCCAACACACAUUUGAAAGGGACCAAGGCAUCUUCAAAUGCUAUACAAAGCUAAAUUUGUUGAAUGGGAGGUAUUCACCAAGUUUUCGAGGAACAACUUACUUGAGACUUCCAAAAGGUAAUAACUUCACUAAACAAGAGUCUAUGAGUGUAGAAGACCGUGUUUGUUUGGUCCAAAUUCACAAAGACUAUGCCAAAAAACCAAUAAACAAUACGGUGAAGUUUUUCCUUUGGCUUUCAAUUGCAAUUGGUUGUUUUGAAUUAGUUUGCUUUUUUGUGGUUUUUGUUUUUUUAUUCAAGACCACGAAAAAAACUACUUCGGAUCAAAAUAGCUAUCAUCAUACAUUAUUGGGAUUCAGAAGAUACAGUUACUCGGAGUUGAAGGUGGCAACCAAGAAUUUCAGUAAUGAGAUUGGAAAAGGCGGAGGAGGGGUUGUAUACCUAGGUACAUUGCCGGAUCAAAGACAAGCAGCAAUAAAGAGAUUGAAUGAAGCUAAUCAAGGGGAAGGAGAGUUUCUUGCUGAAGUAAGCAUCAUCGGAAGGCUCAAUCACAUGAACUUAAUUGAAAUGUGGGGAUAUUGUGUUGAAGGUAAGCAUAGAAUUUUGGUAUAUGAGUACAUGAAGAAUGACUCUUUAGCUGAAAAUCUUUCAUCUAAAACUAACAUGCUUGAUUGGAGUAAAAGGUAUGAUAUUGCUUUAGGAACAGCUAGAGUCCUAGCUUAUCUACAUGAAGAAUGUUUGGAGUGGAUUUUACAUUGUGAUAUAAAGCCUCAAAAUAUACUUCUUGAUUCUAACUAUCAACCCAAGUUAGCAGACUUUGGAUUGUCUAAGCUGAGAAAUAGAAACAAUGUCAAUAGUAAUUCAGAAUUCUCAAUGAUUAGAGGAACAAGAGGAUAUAUGGCUCCUGAAUGGGUUUUCAAUUUACCAAUAACAUCUAAAGUGGAUGUUUAUAGUUAUGGGAUUGUUUUGUUGGAGAUGAUAACUGGAAAAAGAUCAACAAUGAUGAAUAUUGAAGGAGUUGAUGGAGAAGUGGCAUAUAAUGGAAGGUUGGUAACUUGGGUAAGAGAGAAAAAAAGGAGUGCAUGUUGGGUGGAAGAAAUUAUGGAUCCUUCAAUAGUGAUUAAUUGUGAUUUAAUUAAGAUGGAAAUUUUGGCUAAAGUUGCUUUGGAGUGUGUAGAGGAAGAUAGAGAUAUUAGGCCUAAUAUGAGCCAGGUGGUUGAGAUGCUUGAAAGUAAUCAAAGACUUGUUGAGUGAUGCAUGUUGCUACAUUAGAUUAUUUGGUCUCUUAAUCUUAGACAAAAUAGAUAGAGGAUUGAUAAACCCACAUGGUUUAUCAAUGCAAAUAAUCUUAUGCUUGGGAUGAAAAAAGUUUGAUAAAUUUGUAUUAAAAUAUGAGGAAUUUUCAUUCUAGCAAAAAUUUGAUAAAAAAUGAAUAAUUGUUUAUUUAA